GUGAAGUUGAUAUAGAAUGGCCAAGUAAGUAGUGCUCAUCACCCCUCCGCGCGGGAUGCUUUCCGGGUUGCAUCUUCCGGGGGCAUGCUGAAACAUGCACAUAGGAAAGUCCCUGACUUUUAAAAAGGCUGUAUUACUAAAAAAGCAUCUUCGGAGGGGUUUAUAAAGUGAGUGUGAGAGUGUUUAUAUGUUAUGUUGUGUGUGAUGUCAGCCCUUUCUUGUUAUUUUUACCCUUUUUUUUUUCUUUUUUUUUUCUUCUUACUCUUCUUCUUCUUCUUUACACAUCCUGAACUUUCUUUCUAUUUUACGAGAUGAGGACAACAUUAUUUGUAGCUGGCUUCGGAACACGAACACGCGCAAGAGACCUUGCUUACGAAUUCGAACGUUAUGGUCGACUUGUACGUUGCGAUAUUCCAGCGCCAAAGACCUUUACAGCCAAAGUGUACGCCUUUGUUGAGUUUGAAGAUCCACACGACGCAGAGGAUGCUUUUAACGAGAUGCACGGGCGACGUAUUGACGGAUAUACCAUCAGUGUUCAGUGGGCUCGUAAUGCACCUAGUGCAUCAUGGAGAUUGGGAGGACCUACGACGCCACCCAACCCACCACCACCACCACCUCAUCACUUGACACACGACGUUCCAUGUCGCCUCCUAGAGGAAGAUCUCCCUCUCAAUUAUAUCAACAUCAUCAUCAUUCGCGAUCACGAUCACCUAUCCCUACCAGUACUUCAGGUACUUUUCAUACCAUAAAGCAUUCUUCCUCUCCCCCUCCUCCUCCUCCGCAAUACAAGAAGCGCUCAUUAUCGCCCUCCAGACAUUAUCACAGUCCACCACUCUUAUAAUAAACUUUCUUUUUUUUUCUUCUUUCUUAA